AUGUUUUAUAAUAAGUUUAUUUCUAAAUCUUCCUUGAUUACAAGAAUUCCAAUUUAUGCUAAACAAUCAUUACUUAAAAGACGAUUUCAAAUUCUUUCACCUAUUAACCAAAAAUAUGAUACAUUUGAAAAUUCAGUGAUAAGUAAAGAGAAACCCAUAGUGGGCAUUACAGCCAAAAUGAAUUCAUUUAAAAAAACUUAUUGGAUAGAUGAUUUAAUCAAUCGUGUUAAAGCAAAAUCAACAAUUCCCCUAGGGAAUUCUAAUGACAAUACCGGAAAAAUUCCUAAAAGGGAAUUGAAAGCAAGAAAAAUGACGGAUUCUUAUAUAAAAGAAAUUUUACCAUUUAAAAGUGAUACUGAAUUAUUGGAAGAAUAUGUAAAUCUAUAUGGUAGUAUCAGAAUUGGAAAAAUAUUUGAAAACUUGGAUGUGUUAGCAGUACAAAUUGCUUAUAAACACUGUACUAUUGAAAAGGAACAAUAUUCUGAUUUAACUAUUGUGACAGCUUCACUUGAUAGAUUAGACUUAAUUAAACCCUUAUCUAUAAGCGACAUAAGACUUAGUGGUCAUAUAACUUAUGUUGGUUAUAGUUCCAUGGAAGAAGCUUUAAAAGAUGAAAUUUCCACUGAUGAUCAUAUAAAAGGUGACACGUUAAUGAUGGCAAGAGUUAUUAUGGUAGCAAAAGAUCUAUUUACAGGUCGUUCCGUCCAACAAAAGUUUAGAAGACUUAAAUCUGCUGCUACGGCUCUUUCAAAAUUACCUCCAACAGAAGAAGAAAAACUUAUCAUCCAUGAUUGUUAUCUCGAAUAUUGCAAGUAUGCUGAAAAAACGCCAGAAAAUAUUAAAUGGAUAGAUGAAACAAUCAUGGAAUCGGCUACAUUGAUGCAACCGCAGAAAAGAAAUAUACAUGGCUUCGUAUUUGGUGGAUACUUAAUGAAACUAGCAUUUGAGCUCGCAUUCUCUAAUGCAUCGGUAUUUUUGAAAAGUCGACUGAAAUUUUUGGCUUUAGAUGAAAUAUCAUUUAGAAAACCCGUUCAAAUUGGUUCAAUUCUUAUCAUGACAUCACAAAUAGUUUAUGCGUCCGGUUCACCACAUUAUAGCUUUCAAGUUGCGGUGACUGCGGAUGUAUUAGACAUUGAACAAGAAACUCGCGACAUGACAAAUAUUUUUCAUUUCACUUUUAGUAGUGAUAACUCAGUACGUAAAAUUAUGCCAAAAACGUAUCACGAAUCAAUAAAAUUGAUUGAAGGAAGGAGAAGACGACAAGUUGGUUUGAAAUCGAAAGAUUUAAUUGUUCAGAAUUUGGAACUUCCAAUCAAUUUUCCUAAAUCACAAUAA